AUGAGUAAUGCUGAACCGCGAGAAAUCUUCUCUAACGACCAUAAAAAGAUUGAUGAUGCCUCUUUAUGUCCAUCACAUUUAUUUCGCUGUGAUAAAAUCCGUUGUUUACCUUAUGCAUUCGUCUGCAAUGGAGAAUAUAAUUGUCAUGAUAAGACAGAUGAGAUUAAUUGUUCGACAGCAUUGAUUAAUAAUGAUUUAUGUAAUCAAAAUUAUUCUAUUAAUUGUGAACAAGACAUAUUACAUAGUGUGCGUCUAGCUGAACAUGGAACUCAUUAUGAAUAUACGCGUCCAAUACAAAUCUGUAUUAAACGAUCAGCGGUUUGUGACGGCGUUAUCGAUUGUCGAAAUGCUAUUGAUGAACAAUGUACACAACGAAAUCCAUUAAUAAUUUGCCUACGAAAUGAAUAUCAUUGUAAGAAAACAAAUCGUUGUAUACCAAAAACAUGGCUAUGCAAUGGAAUCAAUGAUUGUCUCGAUCCAUAUUCAUCUGACGAAUUAGAUUGCCCAACUGUGGUUCAGUGUACACUGAAUGAAUUUAGCUGUCAAUCGAAAAAACAAUGCAUACCGUCUACAGCUGUUUGUGAUGGAAUUCAAGAUUGUUCUGACGGAAGUGAUGAAUCUUCAUCUAUUUGUCGCUUUCCUCGAUAUUGCACACGUGAUCAAUUUGCAUGUAAAUCAACAAAACUCUGUAUUCCGAAAUCUAACAUUUGUGAUACAAUAAGUCAAUGUCAUGAUCGAAGUGAUGAAAUGUCUUGCAGCUGUCCCAUCGAAGAUUAUGUUACUGAGAAAUUAUUUCAUCGAUGUGGUUUAACUGAUAAAUGUUUACCGAAAAAUGUUGAAUGUGAUAUAAAGCAUGAAUGUAAUCCAAUAUUUAACGAAGAAAAUGAUGACAAUGAUGGUGAUGAUGAAUGUCCUUCAUUAUCAUUAUCAAAUAAUCGACCGUGCUCGAUUAACAAUACAUGUUUAGGAGAAAAUCAAUAUUGUCGAGGUUAUUUUCAUAAACGUUGCGUUUGUCAAACCGGCUACCGAAUGAACGAAACAACUGGUGUUUGCGAAGAUAUUGAUGAAUGUCGUGAAAGAGUUAUUUGCGAUCAUUAUUGUAUAAAUACUCCUGGAUCGUAUCGUUGUUCGUGUCAUGAAAAUUAUCAAUUAAAAUCAGAUAAACACACAUGUAGACUUCGAGCCAACUUAUUCUCAUCUGCGUCACUUUAUGGCUUGUUUGACAAUGGAAUAUAUAAAUUAGAUCUUAAUAAUGAAAAUGAACUUGAUAAAAUCAAAGAAUCAUCCAAUGCUAAUAAAAUUCAAUUCGUACCAGAUAACAAUACAUUGAUUACUUCAACAAAUCAUGCUUACUUAUUAGAUCAUGAUCUUAUUGAGAAUUAUUUAUACUUUGCAGAAUGUUCAACGCCGAUACGACCUAUUCUUAUGUCGUGUGCAAAAACGAGAGGAAUAUUUCGCAUUAAUUUGAAUAAAUCAAUGCAUAAUAAAGAAUUAGUGAUUGAUGGGCGUGACUAUACAUCAAUUCAGUCGUUAUCUAUUGAUUGGAUGCAUAGAAACAUUUACUUCGUGAAUAAACGUUUACAAACCAUUGACGUAUGUCGCCUUAACGGAAGUUUUUGUCAUAUUCUACUUCAUCAAACAGUCAGUGAUUAUUUACCACAGCGUCUAGUUUUAUAUCCGGAGAAAGGUUUACUUUUCUAUACUGCUAUUGUUAAAGCUCGAGCUCAACAUAUAGUUCGUCUUGGAAUGGAUGGCAAGAAUUUAAAGCUUCUUUUUACCUUAAAAACUACGAGUGAUAAUGAAAAUGCGAAUUAUCUACGACCAUUGUUAACAAUCGAUCGAAUAAAUCAUCAUUUGUAUUUCUAUAAUGGAUUCGAUAAAAUAUUUAUAUUGAAUAUGCAAGGAGACGUUCUUCAUACACAAUAUCAAACAACAUUUCGAUUUCAUUCAUUCCAAAUAUUUUCUGAUAAAAUGUAUAAAGCUUUUACACAAGUGGACGGAACUAAUUAUAGCGAAUUUCGUAUAAAUCCAAAAUAUGCUCUUGGGACAACACUACUUGGUUCGGGAUUGAUUUUUAAUCUUGAUCGUGUUGUUCAAACUUUUUAUAAUAAAAGUUCACGAUUUGGACAAGGUGCUUGGAAAUUGGAUUCAUUUCAUAAUCUCUAUUAUCUUCGGUAUCCUAUCCAUGUGAUAGAUUUUAUUGUUAUCGAUAUCAAUAGGCAGAAAGGCCCGGAAAGUCAAUGCGAUCAAUGUGAACAAUUAUGUUUUCCAAAUAUUCUUAAUCAAACAGAAAUCACAUGUGGCUGUGCACAAUAUUAUAAUCUAGCUGAAGAUAGACGUUCGUGUAUAUCAAGUUGCUCUGAACAUUUUUUCAAUUGUCAAAUGUCGAAAAAAUGUAUUCCGUUUUAUCAACGUUGUGACGGGAUUGUUAAUUGUGGAUUUGGUGAAGAUGAGAAUAAUUGUCAAACGUGUAAUACCACAUCCUCAUUUCGUUGUUCGAGUAAUUCAAAAUGUAUAUCAACUGCUGAUCUAUGUAAUAACAUAACGGAUUGUUUACUUGGCGAAGAUGAACAUGACAUGAUUUGUGGACAUUAUUGUGAAUGGCCGAGUUCAAACGUUUGCUCGAAAAAAUAUCCAACUAUAUGUUCCGAUGAAGAAUUUCAUUGUGAUGGAAAAUGUGUAUCAAUUACGCAUCGAUGUGAUGAUAAACCAUAUUGUUAUGAUGGUGCCGAUGAACCAUUUGAUUGUGCGAAUGUAACAUGUCCCUAUGGAUAUUUUAAAUGUCCAUCAUCGGGAAAAUGCAUCCCGCAUGAAAAAGUUUGCGACAAUGUAGAAGAUUGUCCCAUUAUUGAUAGAAUUAAGGGUAUCACCGCCGACGAAACGCCACAAUCAUGCCAUCUAGUGUUAAAUCAUCCGAGUACUUUAACAACAACAACACCAAAAACUCCGCAAAUCAAUGUAACAUGCGAAUCAGCUGAUUUAUUUCGUUGUAAAACAACUCAUAUUUGUAUCAAUCAUACUUACGUUUGCGACGGUGAUCUCGAUUGCUCGGAUUCUUCCGAUGAGGAAAAUUGUGAAGAUUAUACUAAUCAUGAUCUUCUCUCAAUAGCAUGGCACAAGGAUUAUACAUGUAUGAAUGGGUAUCGAUGUGCACGACAACGGCAUGAACUAAAUAAUAAUCAAUUGUGUAUAUCAUUAAAUGCAUUGUGUGAUGGUAUUAAUCAAUGUCCAUUAGGAGACGAUGAACAUAAAUCGCGUUGUCGUAAUUGUACGGAUUGUGAUGCGACAUCGAGUUUUUGUGAAAUAAUUAAUCGUUUACCUGUUUGUCAAUGUAAACAAGGUUAUGUUAAAAUAGCAAAUGGAAGUUGCAUUUUAAAAGAUAAUCUUUACGAUUGGUCUUAUGGUGCUUGCUCACAAGGUACUUUCUCUCAGAUACAUAAAACGAUUAUAAAUUGCGAAUGUGACCGCGGAUACAAAAUGAAAAAAAACAAUGACGAUAAUAUAUCGUGUGUAGUGCAAACGAAUCAAACUUUCAAUAUUAUGCUGAAUCCUCGUGCAUCAUUUUAUCUCUAUCAAUAUAAUUCCGUGUUUCUACCGGUAAAUCCUGCACAUCAUGUUAUCGAUGUUGUAUUUAUUCCAGCGGGUAAUUCAUGGUGCUUAUUGUAUACUGAACAACGAGGUGGACAUGGUUUUAUUUGGCAACAAAAAUUAAAUAAAACUUUUAAUUCAACGGAUCGAUCGCAAAAUAAUGCAACACAGAUUUGGUCUUCAUCACUUUUUUAUUUCACUUCAUUGGAAGUUGAUUGGAUCCAUCGUAUAGUCUAUGCACUCUAUGAUGACCCAUCAUCGUCAUCGAAUGGUAUUGAAAUAAUGUAUUCGAAUAAAAAUGAUUAUACACAAUUAACAUUUAUGAAUCGAUUAACAUUUUCGAAUAUAAAAACAAUCUCAUCAGUUAAUGUUCAUCCAUUACAAGGGUAUCUCUAUAUAAGUGCAUAUUAUGACGCACAACAUUCUUUUGUCUAUAGAAGUUUACUUGAUGGAUCCAAUCUUGAAAUAUUCUUAACUCUUCAAUAUCCAGUAUUAAGUAUGACCAUCGACUAUCGUCAUCCGCGUUUAUAUGUUUUAUUAUCGAAUGGUGAAAUUGAAAGUUACGCGAUUGAUGAGAGUCAACCUUGGAAAACAAGUGUUUAUUAUUUUAAAGAUCUUCGACCUUAUUCGAUUAGUAUCUAUGAUGAUACACUUGUUACUAUGGUUUACAAUACAACCGAUUCAACAUACGAUGAAAUAUCGAUAGAUAAAUUUGGUAGAACAGUAACGGCAAAACAUCGUAAAUUAAGAGCAGCAACGAUUAUUCGAUAUAUACAUGAAUUUAAAUAUCCAAGUGUUGAUACAUCCGAUAGUAAAUAUUAUUUAGGUCCCAUGAAUGAAGUAAUAUUUUUCUCUCUAGUGGUUCAUCAAGUUUGUUCCGAUUCAGUAUGUCCUUAUGGUCGUAUUUGUAUAACAACUCCAUCAUAUCGACCAUUAUGCGUUACUCCUGGACAAAUGAAUUUAUGUGGUUCAUCAUGUCAUAGUCGUGGUAUAUGUUCCAAUGGUCAAUGUGUUUGCUCCAAUCGAACGUAUCUAGGCGAUGAUUGUGAAAUGUGUCGUUUAACAGAUACAAUUAAUGUUGGAUGUUUUCAUAUUGGUAAUGAUUCACAACCACCUUGCAUGUGCUAUUUAUCACGAUCGAAAAUUCGGCAAACACCUUAUCUAUGUACAACACUUAAAAAUGAGCGUGGUGAAAUCGAAGUACCAUGUGAUAGAAUAAUUGCACCGUUGAAACGUGAACAAUGUUCGCGGACACUUUUUCCUGAUUCAUCAUGUGAAGGUACAAUGCAUUCGUUGAUUUUUCAUGUUCAAACACAAAGUUGUGUUUGUCGCGAAACAAUGAAGAGCAAUGCGAAUUGCUUUAACAAUGGUGUUUUUAUUAUCAAUGAUAAUGACAAUCUUACUACAUGCUCAUGUCCGUUUCCAUUUUCUGGUGCUCAGUGUGAAUUAAAUCAAUGUUCAAAUUAUUGUCAAAACAAUGGUAGUUGUUUCUUAAACGACACUAAUAUUGUUUGCAACUGUUCAAACGGUUUUACAGGUGAAGCAUGCCAAAAUAAUAUAUGUCAAUCAAUUAAUUGUCAAAAUAGAGGAACAUGUGUUCUAGAAAAUAGAAAACCAAUCUGUCGUUGUCAACCUAAUUUUACUGGUCGUUAUUGUCAAAUAAGAAGUCGAUUUCAAUGGGGAUUGUGGUUUUUAAUUGCUUUUCUUUGUGCUUUAUUAUCGAUUAUUGGUUAUACUUUUCUUCGAUAUAAUUCAAAAUUAUUUCAAAUCAAAUAUUUAUUUGUGCAUCGUCAUGGUCAUGAACAUAUUGGAUUAGAAAUCAACUCUAUGAGUACAGUUUAUUCUCAUGUGCCAACAAACGAUACCAAUACGUAUAAUCGACCAUUAGAAGAUGUGUUAUUGGAUGAACAUGAUUUAUCGGCAAAUACUCCACCAGCUGAUCGAAACGGUGAACUUAUGGACGAUCCAUUUUAUAUCGAUGAAAAACAGCCAAUAUUUAGUCAUGAUCGAAAUACUGCUACAAAAUCAAAUGUUCGACCACCACAUUCAAGAGCUUUAUAA